GAACGGAACAUUUCUUACGAGUCUCUGAACUGAAUCGACUGUGUGGGCGGACGGCCUGAACAGGGAGAAAUAAUUGAAUUAGAGGGACCGUUAGCCCUUAAUUGUGGCGAGAAGUAGGAGAACCGGGCUCGACUGAACGUCGAAGAAAUAGAAAUUAGGCUGAAGCAGCAGUUUCCAUGCAGGUUGCAGGUUUCCAUCGUAUCCCCAUCCUUAAUAACUACUGCUGUAACAACUACUUAUGGUUCUUUGGCGGCAAAGUUUGUUGCCAAAUCGGGCUAGGAUAUAUUCCUCACCGACCGAGCACCAGUUCUCUAAAGGUGGAUCCACAACUAGCUGCACCUCGUCGAUUGAAUUCUUCGAUAGGAAACGCCAACGUUCAAAGAUCGCUUUGCUAAUUCGCAUUAAAUGCCUCUCCCACGUAUUGUCGAAGAAACGGAUGAGGAUUUCGACUCUGUCCAUAAUGCACUGCACGACGUGUCCACGUCUAGCGAGACGUCCCCACCAAGUGCGAUUUUCUCUUCGGGGAACGCGGAGACUGAAGACGAGGAUCUAUUUGCCGAUGCCUUCUUUGAGACGGAAUCCGGAUGGAAUGUUCUGGAUGAUAUUGAGCCAAUCGAAGAUAACACAAGUACCAAGUUCGCCACUGGAACCAGACCCCCUUUUCUUAGGCGAACCCCCACUACUUUCUCUACUUUCUCUAAGUUCUCCACCAUCUCCGGCUUUUCGACCUUUUCAAAUGGCUCGGUUCUAUCGACUCGGAGCACUGGGCAGACAUUUCUGCUGAGGGAUCUUUGCGAGAAAGUGAUUGAAAAGCACCUAUUGCUUCAAAUGGCCAGGAUCGUUGGCGCAUCCUGCUAUUCCCACUCUCGGAAUCUCAUCCUACAUCGCUUUCUUAUCUUGCAAUUAUGCCGUCCGGGGAGAAAGGAUAUAUGGCUUCGGAUUGAACGGAGGGCUGGACUGGGUUUUCUCUCACUUGUGCGGAAACUCGGCACAACCCCUGCCCAUGAUACGGCCCAGCUGUCGGCAUCUAAGGAAGCCCUCGCUGGAAGGGCACGCCAAGAAAACACGCAGGAAUUCAAAAGACCGCCCUUUCUCGCUGAUUUCGGC